CAGCGAAGACAAUCGACUCUGUGUUGUAGAGCCAACACUGUCGUUUAACCUCACGUCAUACACUCGCUCAUUGGCUUGUGAUGAAAGAUUUCAACAUCGAAACUGCCUACCAAACUGUCAAAGUAUACGUAAAGAGAUUCAAUAUUUUGGCUUUGUAUUAUUAAAAUGUGGUAGAUUUUUUUCUCACUUUUUUUCCUCGUGGCAAUCAAUGCAUGAGAUCCCCAAAGUUUUUCGACAAUUUGAAUUGGUCCAAUUGAAAAUGUAACGAAAUCACAAACAUUUUUCUAUAAUGAAUGCCAUGAAUGCUUAUCAAUCAAUUUAAUGGGAGCGUAACAGCUUAUACCGUUUCCGUUAAACAUUGAUAACAAUUAUUUUAAGUGUUUUCAUGCGAGAAAAAAAAUGAAGUAAUCACACUAUUUUUGGGAGUAUGACUCAAAAAUGUAAAUUUAAUGCAAUUAUUGUUGGCAUUUUUCGGAUGUGUAACAUUAUAUUUUUUCUGAAGUCAAUUUUUGCUUCGGUUGAUUGUACUGAACCUUGACUGUUACUUAUUCUGCUAUCGGUUGAUACAUUUCAACAGAACUUUAGAGUUCGUUCCCUUGAAAAUUUUAUUGAAAUUAAUUUUCCUCGCUUCAAAGGAAGAGAAAAAAAUAUUUCUGCAUUAAAAAUAUCCAAUCGAAUCCAAAAUUAAAUUUCUUUCUUUCAAAUUUAAUCUCGUUGUGAAAUACAUUUUACAAAAACAUUGAUCGGUUCAUUAGGGUUGGUUCACAUUCACAAUGGUGUCGUUCACAUUCGAGCUGUCACACAAACACACAGCUAAUUAGUGUGAAGCAAACAAACGUUUUUUUUUUUUGGCGCUCGCACUCUCUCUGUGUAGACGUCAACUGUGUAACCAAGCGAUAGAAGAAAAAAAAAUACGUUCAGCCAUAUUGAAGAAGUCGUUCGUCGAGUUAAAGCGUAUAAGUGAAGCGAAAAAGAAAAACUAAAACAAACAUUAAAGAUGGCCGACAACGAUGAUCUUUUGGAUUAUGAAGAUGAAGAGCAGACCGAGACAGUUGUGGCGGAGACAACUGAGGCUCCGAAAAAAGAUGUGAAAGGUACUUAUGUAUCAAUUCACAGUUCUGGUUUUCGUGAUUUUCUUCUGAAGCCUGAAAUUCUGAGAGCCAUCGCUGACUGCGGUUUUGAACAUCCCUCAGAAGUUCAACACGAAUGUAUUCCACAAGCCGUUCUUGGAAUGGACAUUUUAUGCCAAGCCAAGUCAGGUAUGGGCAAAACGGCUGUGUUUGUUUUGGCAACACUGCAACAAUUGGAACCAACGGAAAAUCAUACCUAUGUGUUGGUCAUGUGCCAUACGCGUGAGUUGGCUUUCCAAAUCAGCAAAGAGUACGAACGUUUCUCCAAAUAUAUGCCAGCAUUGAAAGUUGGCGUAUUUUUCGGUGGAUUGCCCAUCCAAAAAGAUGAAGAGACACUGAAGACAAUGACGCCGCACAUCGUUGUUGGAACACCCGGCCGUAUUUUGGCUCUCAUCCGUAACAAGAAACUCAACUUCAAGCACUUGAAACACUUCAUUUUGGAUGAAUGUGACAAAAUGUUGGAACAAUUGGAUAUGCGUCGUGACGUACAAGAAAUUUUCCGCAAUACUCCGCACGGCAAGCAAGUUAUGAUGUUUUCGGCUACGCUAAGCAAAGAAAUUCGUCCCGUCUGCAAGAAAUUCAUGCAAGAUCCCAUGGAAGUUUACGUGGACGAUGAAACCAAAUUGACUUUGCACGGUUUGCAACAGCACUACGUCAAAUUAAAGGAGAACGAGAAGAACAAAAAACUUUUUGAAUUGUUGGACGUGUUAGAGUUCAAUCAGGUCGUCAUUUUCGUCAAGUCGGUUCAACGUUGUAUGGCUUUGGCUCAGCUCUUGACCGAACAAAACUUCCCGGCCAUCGGCAUUCAUCGUGGUAUGGGACAAGAAGAAAGGUUGUCACGUUAUCAACAGUUCAAAGAUUUCCAAAAGCGUAUUUUGGUCGCAACCAACUUGUUUGGCCGUGGUAUGGAUAUCGAGCGUGUCAACAUCGUAUUCAACUACGAUAUGCCUGAAGACUCUGACACCUAUUUGCAUCGCGUCGCUCGUGCUGGACGUUUCGGUACCAAAGGAUUAGCCAUCACAUUUGUUUCGGAUGAGGGUGACGCCAAGAUUCUAAAUGAAGUUCAAGACCGUUUCGAUGUCAACAUUACGGAAUUGCCCGAUGAAAUCGAUCUCUCAUCGUACAUCGAAGGACGAUAAAUCAUAAAACUGAAUUGGUUAAGAUUAAGGAGAACGUAUAAGAAGAUCUAUUUUAAGAGACAUACACAAAAACACAUACAAAAUCACGAAAGAAAAAGAAAGAAAAUCCCAUAAAUAGGACCUUUUCAUCCAGACAAUUAAUACAACAUGUACUUUACACUACAUGAGGAUUACAUUUAGAUAAACUAACGUGCUUAGUUGCAGCAUUUUUUUUUACGUUCUAACUUAUCACAGUAAUCUGAUUUUAAAUUUAGUCUAUCAAAUUCCAUAAUUUUGCAUAACAAAUUAAACAGUAGAAUUGAAUGAAUCCCAAACAAGAAAAAACAAAUAACAAAACAUAAUAUGAAGCAAACAAGAGUGAAAUGUUUAGUUUUUUUUCGCACUUUUCAUAUGAAUACCAACCUACAACAUUAAAUUGUCAAAGUAAUUCGUUCUAGAACAAAAAAAAAAGUCUUGAAAUAAAAAGAAAAAAAUGAUUGAAAGAAAAUGUGCAGGAAGAACGGUAAUUUUGAACUAAAGAUGAAACAAUAAAAAAAUAAGAAUAUUGAUAAAUGACAUAAACCAAACUUUUUCUUCAUAAAACCAAACGAAAAAAAAAAUACUGUGAUUCGGUUGUAAAAAUGCGGUGGCUUAAUCAUUAUGUAAUCGAGUGACUCAGCUCAAAAAUUCAUGAUCUGAAAAUGCAUCUCGGAUUGAAACAUUCCAUUCCAGCAUAUUGAGGAGGCUCACAAGAUUUUGUCCGCCACACAGAAGUCCCAUCAAUUUCCAUGAGACUAUUUGAUUCGUCCCUGAUGUGACUUUGAACAGAAAUAUUAAUGACUAAUUCCAAAUGUUGGUCCAUUCCAGCUGGAAUUGAAGUACUUCUCUUUUCUCAUAGACACUCGAACUGACAGUAUGUGACUUUCAGCAAAAUUGUGUCCAGUUCACCUUCUCUAUCAUACUCUCUUACAGAUAUACCAAGUUGUUGCUUUGAAUGCAAGUCCGUAUUUCAGCAGAACACUCGAGUCUCUCCUAACGUUACCUGUUUAUCGCAUGGAAAUUGAAGCUUUUGACAUAACUAUAUCCAAAGGAUUUGGUCCGAAUCUAUGGCUAUAGUCUUAAUCUGUAUCGUAUAGCAUGGAUUGCCUAUAUAUAGUUCAAAUUGUACAAAAAAUUCAAAUCCAGGGAUAUGCUGUAUUCAAAAUUAUAUUUUUGAAUAAAUAGAAGUCCGUAAAAUC